AUGGUCUGCCUCAAGCCCGCCUUCCUCUUCUCCCUGUGUGCCAUCUUCGCCGUCGCCGACCCCGUCCUCGACUCCGACCUGGCCCUCGAGAAGCGCCAGGGCGUCAUCUCAAUCGGCGAUGCCGUCUGCGGCGACAACAGCUACAGCCGGCAACAGAUCGAGGAGGCCACCGCCGAGGGCUGCCGCCUCUACUUCGCCGGAAAGCAGGUCGGCAGCAGCGAGUACCCCCACCGCUUCAACAACCGCGAGAACCUCGUCCUCGCCACCGCCGGUCCCUACCAGGAGUUCCCCAUCAUCCCCUCUGGAAACUACACCGGACGAUCUCCCGGCCCCGACCGCGUCAUCCUCGACCCCAACUACCGCGGAAAUUGCGUCAACGCCGGCAUCAUGACGCACACCGGCGCCACGGACCGCAACGGCUUCAUCGCUUGUAAUUCGACCGGGUCGUCGUCGGGGCCCAAUGGCUCUUCCGCUGGGUCCACCCUCUCGGCCUCGGCAUCACUCGGCGCAGCCGUGUGCAUUCUGUCCAUGCUGGCUCUCACUGCAUGA